AUGUCCAUUCUAACAUUUAAUGAACAAAUGCCAAUUACUCAACACCUGACAGGUGUCAAUGUUGAAUUUAAUGAUAUGAAUCAAAUAUUUGAACUGUUUGAUAAUGAAUCAUUUCUACCAUCUACCUGUUCCCAAUCUAAUAACUUUUGUACAUUAAAAGAGUCAGUUUCGAUAACUAAUCCAGACGAAACUCCUUUACUUUCUCCAUUCCAACAAGAUAGCAUGAAUUUGAUUGAACAAAUCAAUAAUUUAUUACAUUAUGAAAGAGUUUCGUACUCUGCAAGAAAGCAAAGUACAGAUAUUGGCUUAUUACAAGAUGAAGAACUGUCAGAAAUCAAAAAGUAUUUCAAUCAUUCACCAAUAAUGCCAAAAGAAGAACCAGUGCCCACAAAAGAUGAAAUUUACAGACUCAUUGAUAUUGAAUUGAAAGAUGUUCCUUCAUCACUUGGUCUUGUAUGGUCAUCAUUUAACAUGCCAAAUGCCAACACAUCACAAAUGUCUAAUAUUCAUCCUAACAAUUAUCAACAAACUUUUGAAUGCUCCUCCUCACCUUCAUCAACAGCUUCAGUUGCGCAGUCCCCAACCACUGCCUCAUUACCAAAGAAAAUUUCCAAAAAGAGAAAAAAGUCACCUGCCAACAACAAAACUACACAACAACCAUACAGAGUGCGAUUUGGUCACAAUCUGUUUGAAGAAAUUGUGUUUAAGAAAUCAAAUCCUAAUCAAAAGUUUAUUAUCUUUAAAUAAAUUAACAAAACAUCUUUUCA